AUGGCAGAAUCCAUUCUGUGCAGCCUUGCAGGAAGCAUUAUUACCAAAUUGGGUUCUUUCGCACUUCAAGACCUUGGAUUGUUGUGGGGUUUCCAUGAUGAACUUGACAAACUGAAAGGCACUGUUUCCGCCCUCGAAGCCGUACUUCUCGACGCAGAAGAGAAGCAGUCCAAAAGUCGUGCAGUGAAGGACUGGAUUUUAAAGCUUAAAGAUACUUUCUACGACAUCGACGAUUUGUUGGACGUGUUCUCCUAUGAAUCUUUGAAAAGACAAGUUAUGACCAAACAUAGAACUAAUAACACCAAAAAAGUACGCAUUUUCUUCUCAAAAUCUAAUCAAAUUGCAUUUCGUUUGAAAAUGAGUCAAAAAAUCAAAAGGGUCCGAGAGAAAUUAGAUGCAAUUGCUAUGGAUAAAACUCAAUUCAAUCUUUAUGAGAAUACUAGGGAAAUACAAGAUGAUGAAUCGACAAAACGACUGGAGACUACCUCUUUCAUACGUGAAGGAGAAAUAAUUGGUCGGGAUGAUGACAAAAAAAGUAUUAUACAUUAUCUAUUGGAUACCAACAUCCACGAAGAUAGUGUUGCAGUGAUUGCUAUUAUUGGAAUGGGAGGAUUAGGAAAGACUGCUCUUGUUCAAUCUAUUUAUGGUGACGAGAAGGUAAAGAAACAUUUUGAGUUGACAAUGUGGGUGUGUAUUUCUGAAGAAUUUGAUGUCAAAGUAAUUAUUGAAAAAAUUAUAGAGUCUCUCACAAAAAAGAAACGUGAGCCUGACCUUCAGCUUGAUACGUUGCAAAGCAUGGUCCGAGAGAAAAUUGAUGGAAAAAGAUACUUGCUUGUCAUGGAUGAUGUGUGGAAUGUUAAUCGUGCAAAAUGGAUAAGUCUAAAAAGAAAAAUGGCAUUUUCCAACGAAUCAGAGGUGCUUGAGAAUUCAAAGUUGGUUGUAAUUGGUAAGGAGAUUGUUACAAAGUUGAAAGGUUCUCCUCUUGCAAUAAGAGUAAUUGGGAGUUAUCUCUAUUCAAAAAAGUCAGAAAAGGAUUGGUUGUCAUUCAAGGACCAUGAACUCGACACAAUCAUGCAACAAGAAAAUGAGAUACAAUCGAUACUAAAGAUCAGUUUUAACCACCUCUCAUCUAGUUUGAAGCAUUGUUUCACAUAUUGUGCAUUAUUCUCCAAAGAUUAUCACCAUGAAAUUCGAAAAAAUGAUUUGAUAAAACAAUGGAUGGCACAAGGCUUCAUUCAACCACAUAAUAAGAAGGCAAUGGAAGAUGUUGGUGAUGAUUAUUUCGAAGAACUACUGGGGAGAUCAUUUUUUCAAGACAUAAGAAAAAACAAAUGGGGAGAGAUCAAGAAGUUCAAGAUGCACGACAUCAUACACGAUCUUGCAUGUUCUGUUGUAGAAAAUGAUUGUGUACUUGCUAAUGAUGACACUAAGUCCAUUGACAAAAGGACUCGACAUGUGUCAAUUUCGGCCUUCAACUCAAUGACAAGAUGGAAACUCAUUACAAAAUCAUUAAUAGAGGCAAAGAAUUUGAGAACAUUGAAUUAUGCUCGUCGUCAUCACAUCGAUCUCUCUAAUCAUUUGCGGUUACGAACAUUGAAUUUGGAGUUUCAUUUUGUUCCCAAGUGUAUUGGUAAGAUGAAACAUUUGAGAUAUAUUAAUAUUACUUACUGUUAUAUUGAUUUCCUUCCCAAGGCAGUUACAAAACUGUACCAUUUGGAAACACUCAUCAUUCGUGGAUGUCUCGAGCUAAGAGAAUUGUCAAGUGAUAUUAAGAAUCUUAUCAAUCUUAGACAUCUAGAUAUUAAGGAUUUUAAACAUGUUUGGAGUUAUAUGCCAAAAGGAAUGGGUUCAAUGACUACCCUUCAAACAAUGAAUUUGUUUAUAUUGGGAGAGAAUAAAGGUGGUGAGUUAAGUGAACUCAAUGGAUUGGUCAACUUGAGAGGAUCAUUAAGUAUUCAACAAUUGCAGUUCUGCAAACCCAUUGGCUUAGAAAAUGUUAAAUACCUUGAAGAAAAAUCCAGAAUUCAAAAGUUGGAAUUACAUUGGAAGACCUAUCAAAGGGAAUCUAAAAUUGAUGAUGAAGAUGAGAGAGUUUUGGAGAGCUUGAAACCACAUUCAAAUCUUCAAAAAAUACGCAUAGAAGGAUAUAGAGGAUUGAAGUUAUGUAACUGGUUCUCAUUUGAUUCUAUUGUGAAUUUGGUCUUUAUAAAGCUUUUCAACUGUGAAAAAUUGCAACAGCUUCCUCGAUUUGAUCGAUUUCCUUUUCUCAAACAUCUUCAUCUGGAAGAUUUACCGAGUAUCGAGUAUAUUGCUAUUAACAAUUAUGUUUCUUCAUCAAUGACUACUUUCUUUCCAUCCCUUGAGAAUCUAAGCAUCAUUAAGUUGCCUAACUUGAAAGAAUGGUGGAAGGGGGAAAGCAUUGAUCAAAAUACUUCAUUUCCAACAAUUUUACGUCAUCUUUCUCAACUAAAGAUUCAUUAUUGUAGACAAUUGGCUUCUAUUCCACAACAUGGACCUUUGCAAUCAUUGGACAUACGUGAUAUCAGUUUGCAACUUUUUGAGUUGGUAAUCAAAAUGACCGCUACGAACAUUAUUGUUGGGGAGGAUUCUUCUUCUUCAGCGAAUGAUAUGUUUAUUAGAUCCUCAUCUUCUCUAAAGAUCUGGAAGAUUGAUUGGGAGUUUCUACCAAAUGACUUAUUCUCCAAUGUGACACAUCUCCAGUCUCUUGUCAUAGGACGUUGCUUCAAUUUAAAAAUGUCUUUUGAUGAUGAUAAUGUAAGAUGGAAAGAACUCGGAAGUCUUCGCACACUUCGACUUUGUUUCAUCCCCAAAUUAGAGUAUUUGCCUAAGGGUUUCCAAUAUUUGAAAGCACUCGAACAUUUGGAACUACUUUGGUGUGAAAAUUUGGCGUGUAUUUUAGGGAUUGAGCAUCUCACUUCACUAUCACGAUUGGAAAUUUCAAAUUGUCCUAAUUUAACUUCUUUGCCGGAAGGGAUGACUCAACUUAUUUCAUUAACAUGUUUGAUAAUCGAUGAUUGUCCCAAUUUAAGUACCUUGCCAGAAGGGCUUCAUCACCUCCUUAAUACCCCGAGCCUUUCAGCAAAUAUUGCAACCAAAUUGGGUUCUUUCUCGCUCCUAGAGCUUGGAUUGUUGUGGAUCGGUUUCCAUGAAGAGCUUGACAAACUGAAAGACACUCUUUUCGCCAUCCAAGUAGUACUUCUCGACGCAGAACAUAAGCAGUACAAGAGUUAUGCGGUGAAGGAAUAG